CUAUAAAGAAAUCCAUCAUAUUUGUUAAUAUAUUUAACGCGUAUAUGUAGUCCUUAAUUUCCUUUAAAUAGACGGGACAGUAAAAUACAUUGUCCCAUCACUAGCGUACUACUAUAAUCAAUUUCCCAAGCCAUAGGUCAGCCUCAGUUAAUGUAUGUGAUCCUCAUGACAAGUUAGAAAUGUCAAACUCAAAGCUUAAAGAAUACGGUGAUUGUACAAUGUGCCAAAAAGUUGAAUGGUUGAGAGUUAACACCAAUAUAUUUUUUUCUUUGAGGGGAGUUGACGCCAAUAGACUUGGUUGACUCAAGUCAAUUAUUGGAUCUUAUAUUAUGGUAAUAAAUAAUAUCAACAAAAACAUGAGCCAUAAACAAAACAAAACAAAAAAAAAAAACUAAAAGAUGAGAGCCUUUUGUUUCCUCUUCUCUUGGCUAUGGUUGAGUUUAGCCAUUCUUCUUCCAUUCACCAUUUUAGCCUCCAUCCCCAUUGCGAAACCGGGUUGUCCAUCUAGUUGUGGUAACCUAACUAUUCCCUACCCAUUUGGUAUAAUCACUGAAAACAAGGGUUGUUACCUUAGUAGAUAUUACAGCAUAACUUGCAAUACCUCCUUCAACCCGCCGAAACCCUUUUUAGCAGGCGGUAACCUUAUGGUCAUGGAUUUAAACAUAACCGGCGAGAUGCGUAUUACAAACUCUGUGGGACGUAAUUACUUUCAAGAUGGUGAGUUACUAACAUACAGUAAAGCAGCCAUAAAUCUCAACUAUUUUCCAUAUAUUAUUUCAGAAACAGCAAACAAGUUGACCCUCAUUGGUUGUGAUGAUUAUGCUUAUAUUUAUGGUACUUGGGGGCGUACCUUCACAGCUGGGUGCAUGUCUAAGUGUUCUCAGCCAGAAGACAUAGUUAAUGGGGAGUGUUCAGGGAUCGGUUGCUGCCAAACAUCAAUCCCAAAAGGUUUGAAAAACUUCUACGCAGAUGCUAGCAGUUUUAGCAAUCACACCAAUAUAUCCGACUUCAAUCCAUAUAGCUAUACUUUCUUAGCUGAGCAAGAUAAGUUCAUAUUCAACGUCAAUGACCUUUCUGAUCCUACCUUCAAAAACAGAACAAAAAAAGAUGUCCCUAUCUUGCUUGAAUGGUUUAUUAUGGAUAAUCAAACGUGUGUUGAAGCUAUGAAAAACUUGACCACAUAUGCUUGCCAGGAUAAUACCAAGUGUACCGAUUUUGACGGUGCCUCUGGAUAUCGUUGCAGUUGCAAUAUUGGUUAUGAGGGUAAUCCUUAUCUUAUCCCUGGAUGUACAGAUAUAAAUGAGUGUGCAGAUCCAAACAACCCUUGCUCUCAUAUUUGUACCAACAUUCAAGGUAGCUACAAUUGUUCUUGUCCUAAAGGAUAUAAGGGCGACGGUCUAGAGACCGGAUCUCGUUGUAUCAGCAACCGUCCACAAUUUGUUACGAGAUUAAUUUUAGGUGUGAGCUUGGGACUUUUGUUCUUGGUGGUGUCAGUAAUUUGGAUAUGUUCUACCAUGAUCAAGAGACAGAAGAAUAUGAGAACAAGGGAGAUUUUCUUUGAGCAAAAUGGGGGAUUAUUAUUUAAACAACAAAUUUCUCAAUAUGGAGGAACCAUGGAGUCUUCCAAAAUAUUUUCUGCAGAUGAAUUGAAAGCCGCAACAAAUAAUUACCAUGAAGAUCGCAUUUUAGGAAAAGGUGGAUAUGGUACUGUCUAUAAGGGGAUUUUGGGGAAUGGUUGUGAAGUUGCAAUAAAAAAAUCUAGAGUAUCUGGUGAAAAUCAAAUUGAGCAAUUCAUUAAUGAAGUAGUUAUUUUGACACAAAUUAACCAUCGAAAUGUGGUAAAACUCUUAGGAUGUUGCCUUGAGACUGAGGUUCCUCUGCUUGUAUAUGAAUACAUUUCUAGCGGCACUCUCUUCGAGCAUAUCCAUAAAAACAAAGGUAUCACAUCAUGGCUUACUUGGGCAAAUUGCAUUAGGCUUGCAUCAGAGGCUGCUGAUGCACUAAUGUAUCUUCAUUCUGCCGCUUCAAUACCAAUAAUUCACAGAGAUGUUAAAUCAACCAACUUAUUAUUGGAUGACAAUUAUACCGCCAAGAUAUCUGAUUUCGGUGCUUCAAGGUUGGUUCCAAUCGAUCAAACACAAGUGACGACAUUAGUACAAGGGACAUUGGGAUAUUUGGAUCCCGAGUAUUUUCAUACGAGCCAACUAACAGAGAAAAGUGAUGUUUAUAGUUUUGGAGUUGUUCUUGCCGAGCUCUUAACCAAAGAAAAACCUUUGUGCUCAGACAGGAAAAUAACGGAGAGAAAUUUGGCAUCAUACUUUAUCUUAGCUAUAAAGGAAGAUCGUUUGAUUGAGAUCCUUGAUCCUCAGUUGGUAAGGGAAGCAAGUGAAGAGCAGCUAGUUAAAAUGGCUAACUUAAUAAAGGAAUGCCUUAAUGUCAAGGGCGAAGAUAGGCCUAGCAUGAAAGAAGUAGCUCUUGAAUUAGAAGCAUUAAAGAAGCAAAAUAGGCAUCCUUGGGGAGAGCAAAACACUAAGGAGACGACCCACUUGAGUCUAAUGGGACAACAACAGGAUCUUUACCCUGUUGAUUUAAAUGAUCAGAAUGGCAAUGUAACUUCCAUGGAGUUAUCUGGACAAUAUUCACUGGAAAUCAGUCUAAUGGCUGACAUGAGUCAUCCGCGUUAGUUGCACAGACUCAGAACCUUUGAGUUGAACUGUCACUUUGUUCCUCUUCACAUGAACUGUUGCUAUGGUAGAAGUUGAUCUUAUUAUAUUUUUCUUGUUGCUUUAUCACAUGAAAGUUCGUACUAAUAAUAAUAAAGGUGGUUGUAAACUUGUAAUACACAAACGAAGGUGAUAAUUAUAUAAGUAACUCUAUGCUAUAUGUCAUAUACUAGUUUUUUCGGUUGGAAA